UUUAUUUGACGGGACUUUUAUUUCGAAAAGGCAGUCCGGGAAUCCCAGUGUCGCACUUCCUGUUAUUGCCGACUUCAUUUCCGGUCGUCGUUACUGCCAGAGGUGAAAGACACCGACACAUCCAGCGCAGAUUCAGAGCAUUAAAUCGUAUUAAACAUCGACGAAGUCCGGAUUGGUUCUGUUGGAGUGAUCGGCGGGAUUCAUCGCGAUCUGAAAGUGGUGGACUGAACCAUAUUAAUUCGUUUGGUUUAGAAGUGAAAGAGUAUCCCGUCUGAAAGUCACUGAGUCGAACAGAUUACGUCAGGAUUAGAGAUUCAUAUUUAAACAUUCUAUAUUAUUUCGCUUACUAUAUAUGUUAUUUCCCCUUAUUAGUAUCUCAUAUUAAUAACCCAGCGUGUUAUAAUCGAGGUCAGCUGUAGAUGUCAGUAGGUCCAGAGGAAGCUCUCCAUAGAUGAGCUGUAGAGCUCAGGCUGAGGGUUUUAAUGGGAGACGGUUUGAUCUGUUCUGAGAUCAGAUGGCGGAGGCACCGGCUUUGGCCCGCUUGGAGUCCCUGGCCCGGUAUGUUCACAGAGCGGCCGGUGAGGGUCGAGUCCUGACCCUGGCCGCCCUGCUCCUGAACCACUCCGGCGUCCAGACCCGGCACCUGCUGGAGUACGUGACCCAGGACGCCGGACAGAGGUCCACGCCGCUCAUUAUAGCUGCCCGGAACGGACACGACAAGGUGGUCCGGCUGCUUCUGAACCAUUACAAGGUGGACACUGAACAGACCGGGACUGUGCGGUUUGACGGGUAUAUUAUUGAUGGCGCCACGGCUCUUUGGUGUGCAGCUGGUGCUGGGCAUUUCGAGGUGGUGCGUUUGCUGGUUUCGCACAGCGCUAACGUGAAUCACACCACCCUCACAAACUCCACCCCGCUCAGGGCUGCCUGCUUCGACGGCCGGCUGGACAUCGUACAAUAUCUCGUAGAGCACAAGGCUGACAUCAGCAUCGCUAAUAAAUACGGCAACACUUGUUUGAUGAUCGCUGCCUACAAGGGCCACAGCGAUGUUGUUUACUUCCUGCUGGAGCGGGGCGCGGAUCCCAACUCUAAAGCUCACUGCGGGGCCACCGCGCUGCACUUCGCCGCAGAAGCCGGGCAUCUGGAUAUCGUGAAGGAGUUGGUGCGAUGCCAAGCGGCGAUAGUGGUUAACGGACAUGGCAUGACGCCACUGAAAGUGGCAGCUGAGAGCUGCAAGGCGGACGUCGUAGAGCUGCUGCUGUCGCAUGCGGAUUGCGAUAUGCAUAGCCGCAUCGAAGCAUUGGAACUACUCGGAGCAUCUUUCGCCAACGACCGAGAGAAUUACGACAUUCUUAAGACCUACCACUAUUUGUACCUCGCCAUGCUGGAACGAUUUCGCGAUCCAGAGAGGGUCAUCGCCAAAGAGUUGGCGUCUCCUGUCGUGGCGUACGGAGGGAGGGCAGAGUGCAGGACUUUGCGAGACUUAGAGACCAUUCAACACGACCGGGACGCACUACACAUGGAAGGCCUAAUGAUUCGCGAACGAAUUCUGGGUGCGGAUAACAUAGACGUGUCGCAUCCCAUAAUAUAUCGCGGAGCGGUCUACGCCGACAACAUGGAGUUCGAACAGUGCAUCAAACUCUGGCUGCACGCCUUGCAUCUACGCCAACAAGGAAACCGCAGCACGCAUAAAGACCUCUUGAGAUUUGCGCAAGUGUUCUCGCAAAUGGUCCACCUGAAGGAGCCGGUCCGCGCAUCGGACGUCGAACACGUUUUGCGCGCCAGCGUCCUGGAAAUCCGCCGCAGCUUGGCGCGCGUGAGGUCCACCUCCGAUGCGGAGUUGCCGGCAGCCACAGAAAGCUACGAAACCAACGUGUUCACUUUCCUCUACCUGGUUUGCAUCUCUACGAAAACGCAAUGCGGCGAAGAGGAACGAGAGCGAAUAAACAAACAGAUCUACGACUUGAUACGCCUUGACCCGCGAUCCCGAGAGGGGUUGACGCUUCUGCACCUAGCGGCUAGCUCUAGCACGCCAGUAGAUGACUUCCACACCAACGACGUGUGCAGCUUUCCUAACGCGCAAGUCACCAAGCUGCUCAUCGACUGCGGCGCACAGGUCAACGCCGUCGACUAUGAAGGGAACAGCCCUUUACAUCUCAUCGUACAGUACAACCGUCCCAUCAGCGACUUCUUGACGCUCCACUCCAUCAUGAUCAGCCUCGUGGAAGCCGGCGCACAUACGGACAUGACCAACAAGCAAAAGAAGACCCCCCUUGAUAAGAGCACGACAGGGGUUUCCGAAAUCCUUCUGAAGACGCAGAUGAAGAUGAGCCUGAAAUGCCUGGCGGCUCGCGCCGUGCGACAACAUCGGAUCUUGUAUCAGAACCAGAUUCCCAAAAGUCUGGAGGAGUUUGUUGAAUACCACUGACCUGUGUUUUAGUUUUUCUGUCACAUCUGGGUUUUGGAGUUUGUUUUAACCUGGCGAACGGUGCUGAGGACUUCUAAUUUGAUCUUGUUUAGUACUAGCAAUUUACUAAUUUACCUGUUGAUCCAUUUGGGAGAUCUGACUGCUGCAGUUAUUCCCAAAAGAACUGGAGUUUCCAGUUUCAUCCUGGCUCUUUUUUUUUUUUAAAACAGAUCUUAGAGGAUGGUAAUGCUGAUGCAGCGCAAAAUACUUUUAUUUUGAAAACUGAUGCUUUUCUUCUUUUGACGAACAGCAUUCAAUUGUGUGUUGAACUUUAAUCAUGACAAUGUGAACAGCUAUUUUUAACGAGCUGCUCUUUUAUAAAAGCUUUAUUUAAAAACGGAGUCAAAAAUGUCUAUUUUAUAAGGAAUCAAUAGUUGAGUGUUGAUGACUUAAAGCUAAACUCUGUGCCAGGGGAUUUCUUUUAUUUGAAUAUUAAAAUGUGCCUGUAACCAGAAGUUGGACAUUUAUAAUUGUUUUGUUUUUUUAAACCAUGACGCCACUGUAAAGCCAAUUAGCGAGUCUGUAAUUCUGACUUGGGUUAAUGAACAUGUGAUAGAGCUCUUUUUGAGUCUCAUGGCCUUAUUCUGGACGGUGCUGGUGUGUGUGUGUGUGUGUGUGUGUGUGUGUGUGUGUGAGAGCCUGUCUGCUUGAAUGUGGCCGAAUCUGAAUGUGGAGGAUUGUAUUCUGUAAUCACUGGAGAUUGCUCAAUAUGUUUUUAUUUCCAAAUCAAACGAGAUUAAAAACAUCAAUCAAAGAUA